AGGGGCAGCGCAGGGCAGCUCCGCUUCGGGUCCAGCCUGGACCUAGCAGCAGAAGAGGGGAAGGGGGAGGGUCGGCUGGGAUCUUGGAGGGCGACCGGGGCCUCGGGUUUCAGCCCAGGUCGGCGGAGCCAGACAAGAUCGGAGUGGCGUGGCCCGCCUCUCUUCAGCUCUACCACGCUAGUUAGGACCGACUAAUUAACUAGCUUCCGUCAUUCAUCAAUACGCGUUUUAUUGGGCAUCUCGCGAGCGCCGUGCCACGUGCAGCCACCGGCGGGCGGCCGCGGUCCCGGGGUUGCAAGGAUGCAGGGGGGUGAGCCAACCCUGCGGUGGGACUAGGGGAGCGCCGAGGCGGCGCGUUUAUUGGAAGAUUGGGGACCUUUUUCACAGACGUGGACACUUAGACCUGGAGUGGAGGGCUAUCCCCACGGCCACUUCGGCAGGACUGAGGAGUCUUGGCCUUCGCAGGGGUGCACCCCGACGAGGUAGGGGAGUGAUGUUCGGACUUGCGACGCAGGACCGAGGCAGAAGAGAGGACACACACGGCCGCCUGGGGCAAGCUCUGGGAAGGGCCAGGAGUGAUCCAUUCCGCCGUUCUGGGCGUGCCCGCGCGCCGCCACUACGUCCGGGCCCUCCUAGCGUGAUCCCGCACGCGCGAACCGCGCCCCAGGGCGGAACUAGGGAGUGUGGAUCGACAGCACGGCCGGACCGUAUCGCGAAGCACAGCGGGACGGACCGCGGAGGUCCGCGCAGUGAAGCAGCGGGUUGGCUGCCUUAGCCGUAGCUAUGGCUGCUACGGUGCUGGGAUCUACCGCGCGCGCUCUGUGCUCGUCGUGCUGGCGACUGGGAACUUGGCAGACACAGAUUAGAGACACCCACCAGCGAGCCUCAUUGCUGUCCUUCUGGGAACUCAUUCCCAUGAGAGCAGAACCUCUGCGGAAGAAGAAGAAGAUAGAUCCUAAAAAAGACCAAGCUGUGAGAGACCGUUUGAAAAAGAGGAUCCGACGACUAGAAAAGGCUAGCCAGGAGCUAAUUCCCAUUGAAGAUUUUAUUACACCUGUGAGGUUCUUGGAUAAAGUGAGACAGCGGCCUCAGGUAGAGCUCUCCUUUGAGGAGGCUGAGCGGAGAGCUUUGCUUCUGAAGAAAUGGUCCCUGUACAAGCAGCAAGAGCAUGAGAUGGAGAGGGAAGCCAUCAAGUCCAUGCUUGAGGCUCAGCAGGAAGCUCUGCAAGAGCUGAAACUCACAUCCCAGGAGCUGCAUGGGGAGGCCAUCAAGAGGGACCCCAGUCUGUUCCCCUUUGAGAGAGAAGGGCCAACUUACACACCACCAGUCUCCAACUACCAGCCCCCUGAAGGCAGGUACCACGACAUCACCAAGGUAUACACACAAGUGGAAUUCAAGAGGUAGAGCUGGAGGCAGCUGUCUGAACACUCUGCCCUUCAGAGCCAGAAUGACCAGGGCUCAGGUCUGCUUGUCACAGUGUGAGCCAUGCUGAGAAUAAAUGUAAGUGUAAUCAA